GAUGUCCCUCAAGGAUGGGAUUUUGAAGCGCCCGCACCACAGGAUUAUAUCUUUGACUUGCGGAUCGGUCUCAAGCCCACAGGGAUGGACGAUUUUAUUGCCCAUUCAAUGGAGAUCAGUGACCCGGACCAUGUUAGAUAUGCACAACACCUGUCCAAAGCAGAAGUAGCGGAUUUUAUGACACCUCAUUCAUCUUCUGUCGAGGCUGUUGAAUCCUGGCUCUCAUUUCAUACCAUCAAUCGCACAAGCGUUGGACGCGUCGGUGUGGGUGGCGAAUGGGUGACACUCCGUCUUUCCGUUGCCGAGGCUGAACGAAUGCUGGGAGCCAAGUACCACAUAUUCCAUAAUUCGGCUUCAGGCCAACGCGUUGUGCGGACCUUGGCUUACUCCUUGCCCCGCGAGCUCCAUCGACACAUUGAUGUUGUCGCCCCUACAACCUAUUUCAGCACUCUCCAAAGCAUGCGCGCAACCAACUUCUUGCAGCCAGAAAUCGAUGCUCUCGUUGGGGACCCGGCCGUACUCCUUUCAGAUCCUAUUGGUGCUCUUCCAAGGAGUUGUGAAACGAGGAUCACACCUGCUUGCCUGAGGGCUCUGUACAAAACUAAGGAUUACAAGCCUGUGUUUACUGACAAAAACAAGAUUGGGAUUGCGGGAUACCUUAACGAGUUCGCCUCAUACUCUGAUUUAGGAACGUUCUUUGAUCAAUUCCGACCUGAAGCCAAAGGCUCAAGCUUUGUGACUGUGCAAGUCAAUAACGGGGGCGAUGAUCAGGACAAACCUGGCAUUGAGGCAAACCUCGAUAUUCAAUAUACCACGGCCAUGACGUUUCCAACCGCGAAUACCUACUACAGUACUGGAGGAUCGCCUCCCAUUAAACCUGACUCCUUUACACCAACAAAUACCAAUGAGCCGUACCUCGACUGGCUCGAUUUUAUCUUGACUCAGGACACUAUUCCCCAGGUCAUUUCUACCUCUUACGGGGAUAACGAGCAAACAGUCCCCAAAGAGUAUGCCGAAACUGUUUGUAAACGCUUGGCGAUUCUCGGCGCAAGGGGAACGACGGUAUUAUUCUCUAGCGGUGAUUACGGUGUUGGCGGUGGUGACUGUAAAACUAACGACGGAACCGACACAACACUUUUCCAACCCAGUUUCCCUGCUUCAUGCCCUUUUGUCACCACCGUGGGCGGUACCAUCUCAAUUCCAGAGGUAGCGGUCAACUUUUCCGGUGGUGGAUUUUCAAGAUACUUUCCGCAACCUUCCUAUCAAAAGGGGGCUGUAGACGGCUACCUCUAUAGUUUGAAUGGGGAUCAUGAGGGGUUAUUCAAUCGAAGUGGUCGAGCCUACCCAGAUGUUGCGGCGCAAGCCAGCGGCUUCCAGGUCGUCGUAGGAGGUAAGGUGCAAUCCAUUGGAGGAACGAGCGCCAGCUGUCCUACUGUCGCAAGCGUGUUCACCUUGUUGAACGACUAUCGUUUAUCACUGGGGAAACGCUCUUUAGGGUUUAUCAAUCCUCUCCUCUAUUCUCAAUGGUCGACAGGAUUUAACGAUAUUGUGGCUGGGCGGAAUCCUGGUUGUGGGACAACGGGUUUCUCCGCUGGAAAGGGAUGGGACCCUGUUACGGGCUUGGGUACACCGGACUUUUUGAAGUUGAAAGAGUUGGCAGAAUAUUGAAUGCUGCAUUUAAUGAAGGACUUUUUAGCCAUCUCUAUAUAUUAUACAUUUAUGUAUAUCUUAUUGGACAUGUCUGGUAUAUUGGAAUGGAUAUGUCUGUUC